GGCUUGCAGGGUCCAGGCUGCUGGUGGGAGGUGCGUGCUUCCCAGCGGCCGCGGUGGGGGCAGCUUGCAGGCCUGAGCUGUCCUGGCUUGCCGUCUGUGCUCAGUGUUGCUUGUUUGCCCAAGGCUAGCCUCAGGAAGGGAAUAGACUACAGAAUUUUGCAAAAGGGCUACCUAAGUUUUCUUCGGAGCAAAACAGCAUCGGUCAAGGCACUCGAGAAGUGUGAUCGUUGUCCCAGGCAGCUGGGAUCCUCCAGGGGUCUGCGGUGGUGGAAGGUCCAAGGUGAAGGAUGGGGAAGAGGACUUGCAUCUGCAAUCUGUGCUCCUGCGGGCGGCAUCGCUGUCCACAUCUUCCUACGAAGAUUUAUGAUAAAACAGAGAAACCAUGUCUUCUCUCCGAGUACACCGAGAAAUAUCCAAUCUAUGAGUCUUACCUGCCUAGAAAUUCCUUCAAGCCCAAGGGGGCCUACCGGAAAGCAUCUGUACCAAUGGAAGGCCUGACUACAUCCAAGAGAGAUUUUGCGCUUCACAAAAUGCUACCUGUGCAGUUCCACCAGCCGGAUGCAUACGUUCCGGGUCCAGAGACUAUGGAUUUACUCACAACAUAUAAACAUGAUUUUAACUACCUCCCUACCUGUCCAGUUGGCCUCAUCAAACCUCGGGACAGCAAAUUUCUGCGUGGUGACAAGAUAAUACAGUAUCUGCCUACCUACAAAGUUGAUUAUUUACCCUGGAACCAGCCAAGACGGGAGCUUCUUCGUCCUCCACACAAGUACCGGCCAGAGUCUGCCAAGUUUGAAAACAGAACUACACAUCAGGAUGACUAUACCAUGAAAGGCCUUGUGACUACUGAGAGCUGUAAGCCUCUAGUCAAGCCAAAGCACUACAACAUCCCCUUGGAGGAUCUGACUAACUACAAGAUGAGUUAUGUGCCCCACCCUGUGGAAAAGCGAUUCGUUAAAGAGGCAGACAAAUUUAUACCCUGUGAUAUCCCCUUUGAGAACCUGACCACUCAUAAAGAGUCCUACCGAGGCCUCCUAGGGGAGCCUGCCAAGACCACAAAACCUCCACCGAAGUUUCCUGUGCACGAUGCACCUUUCUCGAACAUCACUGAGGUUCAGGAGAAAUUCCAAGCUUGGCCAACGACCCAGAGAGUCUCCAAAGCUCCCGCUGUGUAUGUCCCUCCUGAGGAGAAGAUGGAUCUUCUGACAACUGUGCAGACCCAUUACAAACACCUCAAGGGUAGCCCUGCCAUCACUUGCCGACCUGUGCUUUCCAUUAAGAAGAGCGGCCACUUUGAAAGCUCCACCACCUCCAAGGAUGACUUCAAACAGUGGGCGGCAGUGAAUACAAAGCCAAUCAAACCCGUUCUCCAUCUGAACUUGCCCGUUGAGCCUUUGGACUGUCAGACCACCACUAAGACGUGCUACGUGGCUCAUCCGCCUAUCAUUACUGAAAACUACAAGCCUGCCUGGGUUGGCCCUCGAAGAAACAUCCCUGUAGAGGGUCAGACUACUUACUCCAUCAGCUUUACUCCCAAGGAUUUGGGCAAGUGCCCAGCAUCAUACUUAGAUCCCCCAGGCUAUAUCUUUGAGGAAGUGGAUAAUAUGGGGCACAAGAUAUAUAGGUCAAUUUCUCAGACAGGUUCUAGGCAGAACAGCUCUAUUUCUAUACAUGAUACAGAAAAGCCUGUUCAGAAGCAACUAGAAGUGUCAGCCUGACUUUGGAAAAAACCUUUAAAACCUGCAAAAUUCCUUUAAAAGCAGACAACUAAAAAUUAUCCAUUGAAGAAGAAUUUCCCAAAAUGAAAAAAAAAUUAAAAUACCUACCUC